AUGAUCAACGCCGUCCUCGUCUUCAACAACAACGGGCAACCUCGCCUCACUAAAUUCUAUACACAAAUCGAUACGCAAACAAAACAGUCACUGAUUGCCCAGAUCUACGACCUGGUGGCACAGCGUCCGCCGAGCGCCUGCAACUUCCUACCACUGCCUCCAUUGCUUUCGCAAGGCGCGCGUUCAAGCGCAGCAAAUGGUCCUUCCGAUGCUCCUACGCAAGUCACCUACCGCACCUAUGCCACCUUGUCCUUCAUCAUGAUAUCUACAUCCACAGAGUCACCGCUUGCGCUCAUCGAUCUAAUACAAGUUUUCGUCGAAGCCCUGGAUCGGAUAUUUGAGAACGUUUGCGAGCUGGAUCUUAUCUUCGGGUUCGAGACAAUGCACGCGGUUCUCAGUGAGAUGAUUGUCGGUGGUGUCGUCGUCGAAACCAAUAUCGACAAGAUUGUUGCAGGCGUGCGGGAACAGGAAGGCAAUCUAGGUAAAAAGAAGGCUAUACAAGCAGCCAGCUCCGGCCUUGGGCGAGGAGGGCUCUCAGGGCUUGGUGCUUGGCGUUGA